UCCUUCUGGAGCAGGCAGACGAGGAUGAUAGCAGCGAGCAGUGGUGACUGCUGUACGACACGCCAUGUCUGGUUCCGGGUCCGGUCUGGAGAUUGAGAGCGACCUGCAUUCUGCGUCGGCGAAUACAGACACUCCGAGUCGCGAUGCUGGGAGUGGUUCAACAACAGAAGGAUUGCAACAGCCUAUUUCAUUCAAGCGCAAACAGAAGAAGCGGACUACGUCGCGAUUUAGUCUCUCGGACAUGUUUCCCCGCGCCACGAUGUUUGGAUAUUCGCCGAAUGGACGAAAGCGCGAGGCGUCGCCGAUGAGAGAUUACGACCGACCGGGUGGAAAUUCACAUUCUCAUACGAAUCCGCAGAAAGACGGGGGUCUCCUGGAUUGGUACGUGGAAGGACCCGGUCGUCGGGUCGGCUACGAUGAUCUUACAGCCAUCGAUUGGAUCUUCGAGUAUACGAAAGAACGACAAAGAAAGCGUCUGUUAUAUUCAAACAGUCAAGGGAUCACAGGACAACUUCGCCAACUACUGGAUGCCAGCAAUGUUUGGGUGGUCUUGGUCGCUACGGGAAUCGCAGUGGGGAUCAUCGCCGCAGCUAUUGACAUAGCAACGGAUUGGUUGGGGGACAUCAAGACCGGCUAUUGUAAAAAUGGCCGGGGAGGGGGGAAAUUCUACUUGAACAGAAACUUCUGUUGUUGGGGUCAUGACGACUUAAACGAAUGUCUUGACUGGACACCAUGGAGGAAGGCAUUGGGCGCUAACUCUACCGGAGGAGGGUACAGUGUGGAGUAUCUAUUUUAUGUCCUCUUUUCCGUGCUCUUUGCUGCCUGCGCCAGCUUUCUCGUCCGCACCUAUGCCAUCUAUGCGAGACACAGUGGUAUUCCGGAGAUCAAAACUGUUCUCGGUGGCUUUGUGAUCCGGCACUUCUUGGGUACAUGGACUCUUGCAAUCAAGUCCCUGGGGCUGUGCCUUGCAGUCGCAUCUGGAAUGUGGCUGGGUAAGGAAGGCCCUCUUGUGCAUGUUGCAUGCUGCUGCGCCAAUCUCAUGAUGAAGCCUUUUGAUAGUUUGAACCGCAAUGAAGCGAGAAAGCGUGAGGUCCUGUCUGCCGCUGCCUCUGCGGGGAUAUCUGUGGCCUUCGGCGCACCGAUUGGAGGAGUACUCUUCAGCUUAGAGCAAUUAUCAUAUUACUUUCCAGACAAGACCAUGUGGCAAAGCUUUGUGUGUGCCAUGCUCGCAGCCGUUACUCUACAAGCGGUCAACCCGUUCCGUACUGGAAAGAUUGACCUCUAUCAAGUCAAAUAUACCAGAGGAUGGCAUCGCUUCGAGAUCAUUCCGUUUGUUCUCCUAGGCAUUUUAGGUGGGCUUUAUGGGGCCUUUUUUAUCCGCCUGAAUAUCAAGAUUGCCAAAUGGCGAAAAUCCAGCAGCAAGAUCCACCCACUCGUUCAAGUGGUCGCCAUAGCUAUCCUGACAGCUUUGAUCAAUUAUCCGAACAUCAUGAUGAGGACGCAGAAUUCCGAGCUGGUCCAUUCGUUAUUUGCAGAGUGUGACACAGGAAAGGAUGUCCUUGGGUUGUGCAGAACCGGAGCAGCAUCGGUGGGCACGAUUACCCUUCUGCUUUUGGCGGCAGUCUUAGGCUUCUUCCUAGCGUCAAUAACAUUCGGACUAGAUAUCCCUGCAGGUAUCAUUCUUCCCUCUGUCGCAAUCGGUGCACUCUAUGGUCGCGCUUUAGGCUUGACUUUCAAGCUGUGGCAAGAGACAUAUCCUCAAGUCUUCCUCUUUGAUAGCUGCGAACCAGACGUCCAGUGUGUCACACCUGGAAUCUACGCGAUUGUCGGUGCUGCAUCUGCUCUGGGGGGUGCAACUCGAAUGACAGCGUCGAUUGUGGUUAUCAUGUUCGAACUGACAGGUGCAUUGACCUAUGUGAUUCCAAUCAUGAUCGCAGUCAUGCUCUCAAAAUGGUGCGGUGACAUUUUUGGGAAACGUGGCAUCUAUGAAUCAUGGAUCCAUCUCAAUGAGUACCCCUUCCUCGAUCACCGAGAUGACACUGCACCUCCAGAUGUUUCCGCAAACAAAGUCAUGACUACUGUCGACGAUAUGACCAUCAUCCCGGCUACUGGCCAUACAAUUGGCUCACUCCAGGGUCUUCUGGAGGUCACACCGUACCGUGGCUUCCCUGUUGUCUCGGAUACCACAAAUCCUAUCUUGCUGGGCUACAUAUCUCGCAAUGAACUUGCCUUUGCCUUGAAAUCGGCUACGUCUGCGGCCGAACGCAACCUGCCGGAGGAAACUCAGGUCUUCUUCGCACAUCAGCCGUUCGCGGACCCCGUGGAGACUCUCGAUCUCCGGCCAUGGAUGGACCAAACCCCCAUCACGCUCAACAGUAACGUCAGCUUCCUGAUCGUGCUGCGGAUGUUCCAAAGACUUGGUCUUCGAUAUGUCUUGUUUGUCAACCGAGGUAUACUCCAGGGCCUGCUCACGAAAAAGGACGUCUGGUCCGUUCUGAACGGCGCAGAAAGUCGCCGGGCGAAGGGACUCGGUGACGGUGUAUAUCGGGAUGGAAAUAUUGCCGAAGAGCAAGGCCUACUAGGGGCUGAUAGAGAGCACCCUCUUGCCAGUCCUCUUGACCGCCGGCCGUCUCUAUAACAGUGCGUGCUGCCUCGUCGAUUCGUUUGAUACUCAUCUCGUUUGGGAGUGGCAGGAUAUGAUCAUUUUGGACAAUUUCCUUUAUUUGUAUAAUUUCAAUCUUCUUUUCUUACAUUGCUUGUGCCAUUUGAAGUAUCUGGUUGUUUAGACAUGCAUAUAGGGUAUAAUCUUUCAUCUCACUUUUGUUGCUUUGGUGUUCAGGUAAUAUAUUCUAAAGAUAUAAGAUAUAUUUAUAACCUAGUUAGUGAAAAGAGUAGGAAUAGUGGAU